UCAACAAGAACAAGUGCAACUGAGUGCAACCAAGUGUUUGUUGGUCAUGAGCAACAAGGGAAGACAACAUUGACCAAUAAUGUUUUUAUAUAUAUUCAUUAGAUAAAUAUAUAGGUAUAUAUAGACAAUUAUUUUAUUUGUUGUUGUCUUUAUAUACUUAAUUACACUGGUAUGCAAUUUACCCAGCACAUCAUACGACAAUUAUUACUCAGUAUUUAAUCGCGCAAAAAAAAAAAAAAAAAUCAUUAAUUUUUUUUUUAUCUAUAAAGAUAAUCAUAAAUUAAAUAAUUUAAAUUUCAACACAAAAGAAAAUACACAAUGUUGUGUCUAAUUAAUCAAGCAAAAGUGUCAAAUAAGUCUUAAUGAUGGUAAAACAAAAUUUUUUGGAGCAAGGUCAAUUUGCUACAGAAAAUAAACGCAAUUGACAAGAUAAAAAAAAGUGUGAAAUACAUAUUUUUUUUUUCGGUCUUAUUGAAGGCAGUUAGAGUUGUUGAAAAAAAUAAAAAUAAAACACAAGUAAUAAUUACAGUUGAAAGAAAAACAAGUGUGAGUAAAAAAAAAAAGUUGGAAAAUUUUUUAUCAAAUGAUAACAAAGUGUUAUGUUUCGUAUUAAUAAUUGGCCAAAUCAUGGCCACUGUUUUUGAGAGUCCAUUUUUAUCAAAUAGAUUACGACAAAUUGAGGAACGUUAUGAAGAGCCAAGAACAUUUGGUAAAUGUGAUUGUACAAGUUACAGUUAUUUUGGUUUGAGUGUAUCAUUAUUUACAAUUGGUACAGCAAUAACAAUAUUAGCACUAAAUGAUGCACCACAUGGUAAAAUAUUUAUAAAUCUUGGACACAUGUGGUUGGUUGGACCAAUAUUUAUGUGUUCUGGUUUGAUGGUUGCAGUUAAAUGUAUACUUUAUUUAAGAAGAAAAUCAGUUAUUCAAAUGAUUGUUCAUCAAAGGCUAUUUAGGCACUUGCAAGAUUUAGCUGGUGCACAGGGUGUCAGUGGUUCUGGUACAUGUACACCUGGUCCACCAACAUAUGAUUCAGUAACACAAGGUCAAGGACCCAGUGAAUUACCACCACCAUCAUAUGCUGAAGCUGUCGCUUUACUCCAUCACAAUGAAAUCAAUGGUGCUAAAACAUGUGACUUACAGCAAGAUGAUAACAAUUAUCCAACAGUUGGAACAACUGGAGCCAAACCCUAAAAAAAAAAAACUUCCAAGUACUUUUUUUUUUUUUUUUUUUAUAUUUAUAAAUUUAUUAUUAAUAUAAUUAUUGUUAAAAUUCAUUUAAAUCAAUAUGACUGAUGUCAAUUUACCGAGCAGCUACAUUGGUUCAUUGACAAUAUAUUUUAUUAGAUUUAUUUUAUUUAUAAAUUUUCACAAAAUGCAAAUUUAUAAUGCAUUUUUAGAAAAAAAUUAUUAUCUUUAUUGAAUGUUUUUUUUUUGUCAAUUUAUAAAUUUAUUGAUGUUUAUUGUGGCAAUAUUAACUUGACACGUACUUAUGUUUUCGAAAUUUAAAAUGAUUAUUUUGUUUUACACGUUUAAAAAAAAUAUUGUGAUUUAUAUACUUUUUUUUUUUUGUUUUGUUUUGUUCGGUCUAAUGUUAAUGUUGUGUUCAGUUGGCUAUGUGUCUUAUAUAAUAAUGAUAAACGUAUUUUAUUUUUUCACAUAUUGCUUUAAAUGUCAAAAAAAAAAAAAAAAACUUGUAAUUAUAAUAAAUGUUGUCGUAAUGAAGUGAAUGUACAGAGCAAACAAAGAUUCAAUCUAGUUAUCGCAUAACUUGAAUAUCAAUUGAAACAAAAAAAUGAUAAAAAAUAUUUUUAUAUCUAAAAAUGGUCUCAACGGUAAGACUGUAUUAUGCCUUAAAAUUAAAAUAAAAAAUUGAUAAAUAAUUAAUUGCACAAAAUAAAUAAAACCCAUUGUUAAUUUA